GAGCAUGUGCAGGUUCAGCAAAACAAUACUGGAGGUAAGAGAGAAUAUCUUGGACCACAAACCAAAAGCCUCAAACUUGUUGUCUUCUUUUUAAUGUGUAUAUGGAGGAUUAUUUGUCACAACAGUUAAAUGCAUGCAAUACAGGAUGUGUGAUAGUCAAUUUUCUCAUCAAUCACCUUAUGUACGCAGAUGAUUUGGUAAUCUUUUGCCCAUAUAGUGCUGGUUUACAGCUUCUGAACAUCUCUCUAACGUUUGGCGUUCAUCUAUCUGAACGUCAGUCUAUCAGGAAAUUAUCUGCAAAAGGCCAUCGUGUCAGUUCUUAUCAAUGCUUAUUUCUUCCAGGCUCUGGGGAGCUGCUGCGUCGGAUAGCAGGAAGGAUGAAUAAAUGGCAGGACUAUGUAACCCCGUCUCCAUACAAUGACACUGGGGAGAACAACUGUCCGUUUGACUGGCAGGGAUAUGAUUUGCGAUGUUUCAUCUUCAUUGACAUCCCAAUGGCCUGGAUAGACGCCGAGAAUUACUGUAUACAAUACGGUGCCAACCUCGCAUCCAUCCACAACCAAGGGGAGUAUGACUUCAUCCAGGAAUCUUUAAUGACGGACGGCCAAGCCUGGAUUGGGGGCAAUAAUGCAGUUAGGACUUCGGCUUGGUUAUGGAGUGACGGUUCAGACUUUGAUGGGAACUGGGUCCCACCCAAGCCAAGCAGAUGGAGAAGGUGUCUGGCAAUAAGUCGUUGGUCAGAUUAUCCCGACCUGAAUAAUUGGUAUUGUGAAAAGGAGCUUCCCUUUGUCUGUGGAACAAGACCACCUGGAUCGUUUUACAUGUAAAUGUACCACGAUGCUCCUGUUCAGGAAAAACAUAAUUAUCUAUGAUGUGAAGUGUGUGCAGUCUUUUACAGACCAUAAGUUCCCUUUUUUAAAUCACAUGAAAUUCUUUCGAAACCCUAUAUAAAAUUCAAA